AUGCGGGAUGAAAUAUUCCUUGUCAAGAAACUUCCAAGAUUUGCAACGCACAUGUGCUCGUACAGUGACAAUGAUAUUUAUGGAAGCAUACGUGCAAUUUUAAACAAGGAACAGUUUAAAAACUUUUGUGAGAAUAACAUUUUUGGUUAUUUUAUGAAGAAGAAGCAAUGUGUAGUGCAAGCACAGUUGUGUAGAUGUGUUAUGACGCUUGAGGUGAAGGGUAGCUCUUCUUAUGGGAUUAUGAUAUAUGCUAAUGGCACCUCUCUUAGUUUUACUCCCGUGGAAUUUGCUAUCAUAACCGGAUUGAAUUGUGUGUCUAAUAGGUAUGACUUUACUUUUGAUGAGGGUGUACCAAAUAGGAUGAUUGAAAAGUAUUUCAAUGGGGCAGAAAUUAUACAGAAAAGGCAACUAUUUUUAGCAUUCACGGAGAAAGUAUGGGGGGAGAAUAAUGAUGAGGAUGCUGAGAAGGAUUUUCCAUUGGUUCUUUAUCUUUUCAAGAUCUGGCUAGAAGUUGAGAAUCGGAUUCCCCGAUUAUUAAAUUGGAAGACGAUUGCACCUCGUCCACGUUAUGAGUUUUUGAUGAAUGCUAUGUUCAAGGACAAUGGCAAGGUUGUAUUUAAGAACAUAAAGCCAACUGAAAUGGAAAUGGCAAAGCUUGAAAUACCAAAGAAGGAUGUAACUAAAGAUGAACGUUCAGUUGAUUCUGACUAUGACUUCCAGGAUCCACCACCAAAGAAGAUCAACGAACGGAAAAAGCAAGUGAAUAUUAAUGACGCACAUACCCAAACGAGGACUCCACCUCAUCGUGCUGCCAAGGUUGCUGUAAUGAAGACACCAGUUCGUCAAGAGUUUAAAGGAGUUUGUGAAGAGUUUACUCGAAUUCGUCAAUUAGUGAAGAAAAAGUUCAAAAAAAUGGUCAAAGCAAUUGAACAUAGCAAACAACAACAUGAAGAUACAGAAGUUGAAGCACAACAGAUGGAUUAUGUUGGUGUUGAAAUAUCACCACAACAAUUCAGUCCUAUUGUUGAUCAAAAUUUGGAUGAGAAUCGGGAUGGUGCAAAGGGGUACACUGAUUUGCAUCCAGAUAAAACAAACAUUCAAAUUGAUUCUAAACAUUUAAUCCUUGAUGAGCUUCUCCAAAGUAUAAAUUUGGAUCAUAAUCUUUCUGAGAAGAUUGUUCAUCACAAUGAUCGAAUUACUGAUGAGAAAUUGGAUGAUACAAAUUUGUCUGAUUCUCAGUUUACAAUUCCAGAUGAGUUGUUACCAAGUCUUAAUGCAUACCGACGAGAAAGCACCACGAGAUAUCCAUUGGCAACUUCGGAAGAAGAACAAAUCAAUGAACAUUUUAAUGAUAAGAAGUCUGAAUCUGUUGUUCAAGAGCAUUGUCAGAAAAAUAAAGAGAACGUUGGUUUGAGCUCUAAAGCAGAUAUGCACGGAGAGGUUGCUGUUGGUUCGGAGGAGCAGAUUAUGACAACUCCUAAAACACAAGACUUAACCAUUGAUGAAAAAAGGGAUGAAACAGUUUUGCCUGAUUCACAAGACACAAUCCCUGAUGAUUUCUUCCUACUUUGA